CUCGGGGCUCUUUGUCACAGCUCCGCCCAGUUAGGCACACCCUCAAGGAAAGGUUCCUGUUUGUUCCCCACUCUGGGUCUAAGCUGACAGAGAUGAACCAUGGAAAAGUCAAGGUCCUCCCAGCUGGGCACCAUUAUCCUACACUGGGAAUGUGGGCCUCCGAGGCCGGUUGCUCGAGGCUCUCUGUGCCACCCUCUGUCAGGUAGCUGUCACUGAGGAUCCAUGGACUGAAGAAGCUGUCUCAGUGCCUGCAGGAACCCAGCCAUGGUGAACGAGGCCAGAGGGAGUGGCGGCCCCAAUCCCCGAUCCGAGGGCAGCAGCAGUGGCAGCGAGAGCUCCAAAGAUAGUUCGAGAUGUUCCACCCCGAGCCUGGACCCCGAGCGGCACGAGAGACUCCGGGAGAAGAUGAGGCGCAGGAUGGAAUCUGGUGACAAGUGGUUCUCCCUGGAAUUCUUCCCUCCCCGAACUGCUGAGGGAGCUGUUAACCUCAUCUCAAUGUUUGACCAGAUGGCAGCAGGUGGCCCCCUCUUCAUAGAUGUUACCUGGCACCCAGCAGGGGACCCUGGCUCCGACAAGGAGACCUCCUCCAUGAUGAUCGCCAGCACAGCCAUCAACUACUGUGGCCUGGAAACCAUGCUGCACAUGACCUGCUGCCAGCAGCGCCAGGAGGACAUCACGGGCCAUCUGCACAGAGCCAGGGAGCUUGGCCUGAAGAACAUCCUGGCGCUGAGGGGAGACCCUGUAGGUGACCACUGGGAAACAGAGGAAGGAGGCUUCAGCUGCGCCACAGACCUGGUGAAACACAUCCGGAGCGAAUUUGGUGACUACUUUGACAUCUGUGUGGCAGGUUACCCCAAAGGCCACCCCGAGGCAGGAAGCUUUGAGGAGGACCUGAAGCACUUGAAGGAGAAAGUGUCUGCAGGUGCUGACUUCAUCAUCACCCAGCUCUUCUUUGAGUCCAACACCUUCUUCAGCUUUGUUAAGGCCUGCACCGAGAUGGGCAUAUCCUGCCCCAUCCUGCCCGGGAUCUUUCCCCUUCAGAGCUACACCUCCCUUCGGCAGCUUGUGAAACUGUCCAAGCUGGAGGUGCCAAAGAAGAUCAAGGAUGUGAUUGAGCCAAUCAAAGACAACGAUGCUGCCAUCCGCAACUACGGCAUCGAGCUGGCCGUCAGCCUGUGCCGAGAGCUGCUGGACAGUGGCUUGGUGCCAGGCCUCCAUUUCUACACCCUCAACCGCAAGGUGGCCACCAUGGAAGUGCUAAAGCGUCUGGGCAUGUGGACCGAGGACCCCAAGCGACCCCUGCCCUGGGCUAUCAGUGCACAUCCCAAGCGCAGGGAGGAAGACGUGCGCCCCAUCUUCUGGGCCUCCAGACCAAAGAGCUACAUCUACCGCACACAGGACUGGGAUGAGUUUCCCAAUGGCCGCUGGGGUAACUCCUCCUCUCCAGCCUUUGGGGAACUGAAGGACUACUACCUCUUCUACCUGAAAAGCAAGUCCCCCAGGAACGAGCUGCUGAAGAUGUGGGGUGAGGAGCUCACCAGCGAAGAGAGCGUCUUCGAAGUCUUUGAGCACUACCUCUCCGGAGAGCCGAACCGCCAUGGCUACAAGGUGACCUGUUUGCCCUGGAACGAUGAUCCCCUGGCAGCUGAGACCAGCCUGAUGAAGGAGGAGCUGCUGCGAGUGAACCGCCUGGGCAUCCUCACCAUCAACUCACAGCCCAGCAUCAAUGGGAAGCCGUCCUCUGACCCCAUUGUGGGCUGGGGCCCCAGUGGGGGCUACGUCUUCCAGAAGGCCUACCUGGAGUUCUUUACCUCCCGGGAGACAGUGCAGGCCCUUCUGCAAGUGCUGAAGAAAUAUGAGCUCCGAGUCAACUACCACAUUGUGGAUGUGAAGGGAGAGAACAUCACCAAUGCCCCCGAGCUGCAGCCCAAUGCGGUUACAUGGGGCAUCUUCGCUGGCCGAGAGAUCAUCCAGCCCACUGUGGUGGAUCCUGUCAGCUUCAUGUUCUGGAAGGAUGAGGCCUUUGCCCUGUGGAUCGAGCAGUGGGGCAAGCUGUAUGAGGAGGAAUCCCCGUCCCGCAUGAUCAUCCAGUACAUCCACGACAACUACUUCCUGGUCAACCUGGUGGACAAUGAGUUCCCGCUCGACAACUGCCUAUGGCAGGUGGUGGAAGACACGUUUGAAUUGCUCAACAGGCAAACCACCAACAAGAGAGAGACAGAGGCACUGUGACCCUGUGUCCUGACCUCCUCCUCACCUGGAACCUGUGUUCCCUUAUCUCUCCCCACAUGAGGAUGGCAGCUAGACUGGCAGGAGGCAUCCACACUGGCUGGACCUGAGAUGGCUGCGUUUAGGAGCCUGGUACCUCUGCUAAAGCCCAUAGCCCGUGUUCUUGUGUCAAGCAUCCCCAUCCACAGGGGACCACCACCCUCUUGGAGAAUGGGAAAAGACGGUUAUUGCAACUGAGCCAUUAUAUCUAGACAGCCUUGGUAGCCAGCCUGGGAGCCCAGUGAACUUGUACCUGGGUCCAUGUAAGGCAGGCAGAGAGAACACAGGCCAUAGGAAGAGGCAUGACAAAAUGAAGGGGCAGAUACCACUGCCCUCCUCCCUACUCAGCUGUCUAUACACCAGGCCCCCUGGGAUGGGCCUGGACUGACUCCCAAUAAUGCAAGGACCUUUGACCCGAGAGCUUAGCUUUCUCCCUCUUCUCCAGGGCUGCUCAGUGAAAAGGGUGUGUCUGUGUAUUUGUUUCUGGAGAAGUGUUCCUUAAGGGUUAAAGGCCUUCUGACCUUUGUCCUACAUGGGGGUCUUGGCUGCCUUUUCUGUUCAUUAACUGCCAACAGGCAAGGCGAGGCGAGAUUCACCUGAGCAGGUGAGCUGAGCAGGCCCAGCUCUGCCCAGCGUGUGCAGCCCACUCCCUGCCUCAUUUUGGGCAGGGCUCCUGCCAGCAGCCUCUGUUCAGCUUAGCCCUGGAGAUGUCUCCCGGGACUCCUCCCCAGCCAGUCCUGGGGCCUCACUGCCUGGGGCAGUGACUGGCAGGUAUAGAUGGCUGCUCAGUGUCCUGGCUCCCAGCCUGCUGAUCUUGUGGCUGAAGGAGUGGGGUUGGGGGAGGGGGGCAAGUCCAUGGAAUAGCUGAGGCUGAGAAGGGAAUUUCCUCUUCCUCUCCAGGCCCAGAUGGCUGCAGUGGGGGCCAGCCUUGAGAAACUGCACAGAAACAGCUAAGACUAAGGGGGACCUUUUAUUGUUGCCCAGAGCUCCAGGAACUGGACCUCUGUCACUGUACUCCCUGGGGUGUGGGUGCUCUUCCUUCCUUUGGAAAGUUGGGCUCAGUCCUAUUCAUCCCAUGGGAAUAUUUCACAGCUGCUGCUGGGUUCCGCUGCCCCAAGCCCAUCACAUCUGAGCUGCUGCCACUUGCUCCUAGGGGCACAGGCUACUGCUGGCUUCUCUGCUGUGUUCUGGCUACCAGGCGCUGGGACCACUUCUCAAAGGCCUGAACGCAGGGAGGGACAGGAAAGGCUGUUUGUCUCAGGCUCCUUCCAGGGCCGGAAUGACACCUGGGCACCUAGGCCAUGCUAUAUGUGCUCCAGCCAGAGGAUCCUCCUGCCCUGGCAGCCAGCCCACCCUGUCCCAGGCCAAAUACAUGGGCUCAGAAUAGACCAGACUUGUGACUUGGGAAGCCAUGCCCAGUGACCUGCAAAUGAGAAGCCUGAGCUUGGCCCAAACCCUACAGGGACCAGCAUGGGCGGCCACUGCCACAAAUAGCCUGUUUCUCAGGUUGUCUGACAAUGAUACUGCGCUGGGCUUGGGGCCACCAACAGUCAAGGGCUUCCAUGUCUAGGCCGUGUACUGUAUAACCAACCUGACCAACCCACCCAAUGGAGAGACCUCAGGGUGGAGUUUGGAAUAUACAUGCCCCACCUUUCCCCAGCUCAGCCUGGAGAUAACACUGGUUUUAGAACACAGGCUGAGUGAAGUGAGGGGGUCACCUGGCUGAUACCUGGCAAAGGAUCUAGCAGUCCUCUUGCUGAUGUAGCCGCUGAGCCACCCACAACUGCAGGGCCUUUUGCCGCCACGUCCUCCAAGUCUGUUCCAGGUGCCACUGCCUGAGCUAUGGGAGAGUUGACAGAAGAGGCCGUCUGCCCUCCGGGAAGUCCUGGCUCUUCUACCUCUCUGUCACUCCAGGGUGAAGGGGGGCGCGACAAGGAGUGUCACAUGAGGAAAGUUAGCAGGUGCAGAUCCCAUUGGCCCACCCCCAAGGUUUCAAACUAGUCAGUCCAAAGACCAUACUGAAAUGUAGUUUCUAGAGUUAGCUGUGGGAUGGAAUGAACAGGAGGUACUCCCCAGGACAUCUGUAGGGUGGAGAGUGACCAAGUCCACUUACCAGAGUCUGAGACAGCUGUUCCAUCCUUUGAGCAUCUACCCAGCAUUGCCAUGUCUCUGCCAGGAGUCUGGCCUGCUGGGAAGCCUGGAACCUUUGGAGCAGAUCCUGGAGACACCUGCUCUGUAGUGACCUACACCUGCAGGCCAUGAGCAUCAUGACCUCUUCAAGAUGAAGGUACAGCCCCAGGCCUGGGCCACCCCUCAAGGGUCCCACAAGCUCAGCCACUGGCCAGAGAGGACCAUCCCUCCUCCCUAGACAUGCACAGUUACUCCCAUCACAGCUACAUUUGAAGAGCCUGUCUAUAGAGCCCUUCUGGUCCUGUAGGGAACUGGCUGGGGGCCCAUGCAGGCAGGGCAGCCAAAGCUGGAUGGCCGAACAGAGAGGCCUCUCUGUCGCCUGGAGAGGAGAGUUGGGUCCAGGAGAGGUUAAUGCCUUGGACCAGGAGGGCAGUUGCCCCCUCCCCCUCAGGCCUCCAGGCUGUGGACUAGCUCAGGGCACUAACAAGAAUGGGAGAAAGAAAUUGAUUCAACAGCUGGGAUACUCAAGAGGAUGUGGGCAGGAACCCUGUGAUUCACAGAGAUGGCUUGAUGGCUAGGGACUGCCCAGGGGAUCCAGCUCCUUACUCAGAGCCCAGGACUUGGUCCUCUGUUCACUGUAGCUGUGCUGCCAUACCAGGUUGGGCAGCAGUCUCUGUGACCAGUGUUCAGCAGCUGUGAGUCUGAGGGAGCAGUCAGAGGAGAAGUCAACCUAGUGGGCUGGGGCCUGCUGGCCAAGAGGGAUUCCUGAUUUCCCUGCCAGAGUGGGCUCCCACCUGUGUGCACAAAUGGGAUGCUUCAUCAAUCUCUCACCCAACAGUCCCCAAGACACCAGGAGGAGCCAGCCAGCAGGACACAUCAAAGUGUAUGUGUAUGUGUGUACAUAUAUAUUGGUCUUUUUGAGACGGUCUCACUGUAGCCUCAGCUAGCCUAGAACUCUCUGUGUAGAUCAGGCUGGCCUCAAUCUAACAGGUAUCCUCAUGCCUCCACCUUUGGAGUGCUGGGAUUAAAGCCAUGCUACCAUGCCUACCUAUUUUUUAAAAAAAACAAUGAAAAGACUGGUGGUAUACCUAUAUAAUUUCACCAGGAUCAUGAGUUUGAGGCCAACCUGGGUUAUAUGAGCCAUGUCUACAAAGCCUUGUUAACAUAAUAUCUAAAAGUAAAAUACUUGAGACCCCAUAACCUCAUAUAUGUGAAUUCUGAAAGCCACUGACACUGAUCUGUUCCAGUUUCAUUUAAAAAGCAAAAGGCACUUUCAUGAUUUCCUUAGGCUUUCUAGAGUUGAGUUCUUCCUGGUAGCAGGACUCCUGGUGAUGCCAAGUAGGAUUGCUGCUUGGCCCGCCAGGAUCUCUGGCUGGGUCCCCCAGCUGCAUCCCCAGAUGCUGGCAGUGCCAAUUCUUGUCUCCGGUGUUCAUGAUGGCCUCUUCCCUCUUGCUGUCCACCUGCCUCUUAACUAUUUGCGUGUCAGAGCUAAAGACUUCUGGUCUGGAAAGGGGGACUGAAGGUUACCUUUGGAGAGAGAAAAAUAAAUUUUUUUCUACUUUAUUUUCUGUAAUGAGCAUCUUU